AGUCAAUCAAGUGACGCCCUAGUUUCUGCAGGUGCAACACUGGGUAAUACUGCAACGGAGCUGCAGAUAAAACAGACGUUUCACGAUGGCCUCAGCAACAGCCACCUAUGGACAGAAGGAGUCCUCCGACCAGAACUUCGACUACAUGUUCAAGAUCCUGAUCAUUGGCAACAGUAGUGUGGGUAAAACAUCCUUCCUGUUUCGCUAUGCUGACGACUCCUUCACGCCGGCUUUCGUCAGCACGGUGGGCAUCGACUUCAAAGUGAAGACCAUCUAUAGGAACGACAAGAGGAUAAAGCUGCAGAUCUGGGACACUGCCGGGCAGGAGCGCUACAGGACCAUCACCACGGCCUACUACAGAGGCGCCAUGGGCUUCAUCCUCAUGUAUGACAUCACCAACGAGGACUCCUUCAACGCCGUGCAGGACUGGUCCACCCAGAUCAAGACUUACUCCUGGGACAACGCCCAGGUCCUGCUGGUGGGCAACAAGUGUGACAUGGAGGACGAGAGGGUGGUGGCAGCAGACAGGGGCCGGCAGCUCUCUGAGCAACUUGGCUUUGAGUACUUUGAGUGCAGUGCCAAGGACAACAUCAACGUGAAGCAGACGUUUGAGCGGCUGGUGGACAUCAUCUGUGAGAAGAUGUCAGAGAGCUUGGACAACGCCGACCCCGCCGUCACAGGGGCCAAACAGGGGCCCCAGCUCACCGAGCAGCCCGAACGCCCCCACCAGGACUGUGCUUGCUAAACACACACUACACACACACACGCACCGUACACAUACACACAUGACCCCUCAUACACCCCUUCCUACAGCCUCCUCAGCUGGUGGAAGAGGUCUGUGAUGGGUUUGUGUUUAGAUGGAAGAGCCUGGCUGAAAUGCCAUUUAUUCCAUAUUUCAGUCCCCCCGUCCUCCAUAGGUGUUCUACUGUAAGAGUCCAAAGUUCACAUUCUGACUCCCCUUACUGCGGCCUCGAACCUGAAGGGAUUUCAUGUAUUUUUUUUCAAGGGCCACAUUGCUGAUUAUCUGUUUACUGUUGAUAGCAUUGUUGUUUUUUAGAUAUCCUCGAUUGGCUGGUUAGCCAUCAAAUCCAUUUCAGUGGCGCGAGUGAGGUAUGUUCAAAGUUCACAUUUUGGAUAACAAAAUAUUUUAUGAGAUUGUGUUUUCGAACAUAUCCGACCAAAAUACAACCAAAAUCCCAUGCAUGUCGGUUAUCAGUCAUGGUCAUUUCCUAAUAUUUUAUCAUUGCUGGAUUUAAGAAAAAGAGAACUUGAUGAUGUGGUAAGUACUGAUCCCUGUCCCUGUUUUUUUUUAACUUAUCUUUAGUUUUUUUAGCAAACCUAGAUAGAGAAAAUAUUUAUUGAUGGAGAAAGGUGUCUUUAAGUAGAAUAGUAUAAUAGUAUACAUAAAUGUUCAACUUCAUAAGCUAAUAAAUAUGCAUUUUAAAAUUCAAAAAUAUAUAAACAAAUGGUAUAAGAUUACAAUAAUUUAAGAUGUAAAAAUAUCUGUGCUUUGUGAGAUAUGCAUGUUGUCUUUUUUUUGUUUUAACAUGGAACGUCUAAGAGCUGUUGGCUUCGUCCCACUGAAUCAAACUGGUUUGUUUGUUUUGCUGUUAGGGUCAUGGCAUGUGUGAAGAACAGUUGAAAAUGUAGCUUCUCAUUCCUUGUCAGUGUACAUCACUGCUGUUCUACAGCACAAUCACCUCUUAUUCAUGUGUACAACAACACUGACCAAGGUUAACAUCAUGUUCCAAUCGCUUUCCGAUAGUCCUUAUGGUUUGACUUUUGUAUUUUUGGUGUAUACUUUUUUUUAAGCAUGUUCAACUUCAUGUUUGUGUGAUUUUGGUCUGUUUCAGUGUAGAGAUAAUUGCUUGUUGGCAUAUAUAUGAGGAAAACAUAGUCAAUGAAAUGCACUCAUGGACUUAAAGAAAUUUGGUCAAUUAUGUCACAACCAUCUAUAUUUACACACAGUAUGAUGUCUUAUUUUUAGAUUAGGUUCUUCAUAGAUUGUUUGUGGGCUGCACUCUAUCACAGUUGAAAAAAGGCGGUUAUCAGUAUUGUAUGGGGAGGUUGGUUAAAAACCAGGCUGUCCUUUGAGAUUGAAUUGGGUUGACAUACUCCUGCCGAGAACACUUACAUUCCACUAUGUUCUCCCGAUCAUGUACAAGCUGUUUCAAUGGGAAACGCUUUUACUUCCAUUUCCCAUGUUUCUAAACCAACUGUGAACCUUUUUAGGGUGGGUGUAAUAAUACCAGUGUGAAUACUGUAUUCCUCUCAGAGAAAUACUGUCAUUGGCCAGCCUGGUUCUUCUGGAUGGCAAAUAUUAACCACCAACAAACCUGCUAAAGGGCAUGUUACAAAUACUGUUUGUGUAAAGUCUUUAGGCAGCUUUGCUUAAUGUUUUUUCCAAAUACGUCCAAAUUAGACUUCCAAGCCAAAAACAACACCCACUGGGACAAGACUUGUUAGACAUGUUUUUGGAGCUGCACUGAAUAAAAGGCAUGUAGUACUGUAGUGUUAGACAAGCAUUUGGGAUGUAUGCCUACACUGUGUGGCAGUUUUCAAAAAGGGAGAAGUGUGUAAGGUAUGAUCAGUACUUAUCACGUCCUAUUACUUUUGAUGCACUGGUGAACUUUAGUUUUUUUGUUGAUUUGUGUUUUGCUACAGCUGUAAACUUGCCUCGGGCUUAGGUAUGUGUCCAAUUCAACUCUUUUAGCGCUCCUCCCUUCUGUCCUGUCUUAUCCCUGUAAAUAAGCAUUUUUUUGUUGGGUUUUAGUCUUGAAUUGUGCUGUAAUACUGUAACUCCAGGUUUGCUAAAUCCAAGGAAUUAAUAAACAAAAUAUAAAAGCA